AAAAGGGGGAAAAAAGUAUUUCAUGUUUUUCUAGAUAUCUGCGAUCCGGGGUGGAGCUAUUUCAAUGGUUACUGUUACUUUACGAGUCAAAAAUGCACAAACUGGACUACAGCAUUGUCAAAAUGCCGACAAGAAAAUUCAGUCCUGGUUGAUGUUAACAACAAUGAAGAAAACGUAUUUAUACAGAAUCGACACAAUGGGGAAAAAUCAUGGCUUGGCUUUAAUGACAGAUCAACAGAGGGUGACUUCAUUUGGGCAGAUCGCGGACCUGGAAACUUUACAGCUUGGGCCAAGAAUCAACCAAACAACUUCAGAGAAGAAGAUUGUGUGCACGCACUUGGUGUGGAAUAUAGCUAUGAAUGGAAUGACGUGAAGUGUAGCGAUUGUCACCAAUAUACUUGUAAGAAAGAUUUGAAUGAAUGCGAGGAGAACACAAAUCACUGCCACCGGCUUGCCACUUGCACCAAUAAACGCGGAUCGUACACGUGCACUUGUACCUAUGGAAGCUCAGGGGACGGCUUUGACUGCUCUACUUACGCAGGUAUCAUUUUUAGGUGCUUUUGUAGCAUUUUAUAUUCUUGA